AUCUUUCCCCUCUUUGAAAGUCUCGCGUGUGACUUCCGUCGAUAACUCUCUACUUCCGGUCUUUUCCUAGCGGCCAUUAAGACCUCAAAAUGAGCGAAGGUGCGGCCACUAUCAGAACGCGGAAGUUCAUGACCAACCGCCUGCUCAGCAGGAAGCAGAUGGUUGUGGAUGUAAUCCAUCCAGGCAGGGCUACUGUUCCGAAAACUGAGAUUCGUGAGAAGUUGGCCCGCAUGUACAAGACAACCCCAGAUGUCAUUUUCUGCUUUAGUUUCACUACUCACUUUGGAGGUGGGAAAACCUCAGGAUUUGCCCUGAUCUAUGACACCCUCGAUUAUGCUAAGAAGUUUGAGCCCAAAUUCAGAUUAGCAAGGCAUGGCCUAGUGGAAGUGAAGAGAACAGGAAGAAAGCAGAGGAAGGAGAGGAAGAACAGACAGAAGAAAGUACGGGGAAUUGCGAAGGCCAAGAUCGGAGCUGACAAGAAGAAGAAAGCAGAUGAAGAUUCUGUGUUUGAGUAUUACUGUUUUAAGCAGAUGGUAACAUUGGAGAACAUAUUUGUAAAACUAACACAUUGUUAAACAAAUGUGAGGAGC